AUGGCCUUCACCAUGCUGCGCCCCGUGGCCGCCCGCGUGCUCUACCCGGACCUGGGCAUGCUGUCGGAGGACGAGGAGAACCGCAGCGAGAGCGACACCUCGGACCAGUCGUACGGCUGCUACGAGGCCGUGGAGGCGCGCCGCAAGGUGGCCCGCAAGCCGGGGCCCAUGGUGAUGGUGAAGCAGAGGCAGGCGGCCAACGCGCGCGAGCGGGACCGGACCCAGAGCGUCAACACGGCCUUCACGGCCCUGCGCACCCUCAUCCCCACCGAGCCCGUGGACCGCAAGCUGUCCAAGAUCGAGACCCUCCGCCUGGCCUCCAGCUACAUCUCGCACCUGGCCAACGUGCUGCUGCUGGGCGAGGGCUGCGAGGACGGGCAGCCCUGCUUCAGUGCCAUCUACGGGGCCAAGGGCGACCUGGACAGCAAACAGCCCCGCAGCAUCUGCACCUUCUGCCUCAGCAACCAGCGCAAAGGGGGCGGCCGGAGGGACCUCGGGGGCAACUGCCUGAAGGUGCGGGGGGUCACCCCGCUGCGGGUGUCGCGGAGAUGA